GCCAGAGGAUGAUGACUUCGACAUGGAGGAGGAACUGCAGAAGCUUAAAGCUCAGCGGCCCCCCAGGCAGCUGGAGCUGGAGCCUCGCAGCAGGAGGGGUCUGAUCGGAGACCCCAGAGUGACCGUCAUCCCUGAGGUGGGCGGUCCUGAGGACAGCGAGGAGGACACAGACUCUGACGGUCCUAUCCCCUACAGAGACGAUGAGGAGGAGGAGGAGGAGGAGGAGGACGUCCCACUAACUGGGCUGGCCUCUCGUGUGAAGAGGAACGACACCAUGGCCCGGAGGCUGGAGAAGCAGGAGAAGCUGCAGCGAGCAGAGCAGGACAGUCAGGAGGGCUCUGAUGGGAUGAGCUGGAGCAGCAGGGAGCAGUGGCUGGCCGUCAGGAACAAGAUCGGCACUGCACUGACCAGGCGCCUGAGUCAAAGACCCACAGCAGAGGAGCUGGAGCAGAGGAACAUUCUUCAAGCCAAGAACGAAGUGGACCGACGGCUGGAGAGAUCUGAGAUCAAACGCAGGCUCACCAGAAAGUUAUCUCAAAGACCAACCGUGGCCGAGCUGCGGGCCAGGAAGAUCUUACGUUUCCACGAGUACGUUGAGUGCACUCACGCUGAAGACUACGACCGGCGAGCUGACAAGCCCUGGACCAAACUCACCCCUGCUGACAAGGCUGCCAUACGCAAAGAGCUCAACGAGUUCAAGAGUUCAGAGAUGGAGGUUCAU